AUUUUAGCAAGGAACAAGAAAAUAAAAUACACGUGCUCAACUAAGUCGUUGUUCAAGUCGUUUAUUUAAAAAAAAUUAAUUUAAUUCUCUAAAAAAGUCCACCUCCGACAUGCCGAAAUCAAAAAGAGAUAAGAAAAUUUCUUUGACAAAAACAGAUAAAAAGGGUCUUGCUUGGAAGCAACAAAUCAUCGAAGACAUACGAAGAUGCGUUGAGAAAUACCCAAAUAUAUUUCUUUUUUCAGUACAAAAUAUGAGAAACAAUAUUUUAAAAGAGCUUCGUAAUGAAUGGAAACAAAAUUCAAGAUUUAUAUUUGGAAAAAAUCGAAUAAUGCAAAUAGGAUUGGGACGCACCAAAGCUGAAGAAAUCCAACCUGAACUACACAAGGUCUCUCGAAAAUUGCUGGGACAAUGUGGUCUUUUGUUUACAGAAAAAUCCAAAGAAGAGGUUUUAGAAUGGGCUAAAAAUUACUGGGCGGAAGAGUAUGCUCGUAGUGGAUUUGUAGCAACGCAAACUGUUGUAUUACCUGCUGGACCCCUUAAAGAUUUUGCCCAUUCGAUGGAGCCACACUUGCGCUCUUUGGGAAUGCCAACAAAACUUGAGAAGGGAGUUAUUACACUUUACAGUGACUAUACCGUGUGUGAGGAGGGAAAAGUGCUUACACCAGAGCAAGCGAGGAUACUUAAACUAAUAGGUAACCAGAUGGCGAAGUUUCGUCUGACAAUAAAAUGUUCUUGGAAUCAAAAAGACGGUUUCGAAAUGCACGAUUCAAGCAAACAAGACGAGAGCAAUAGUGAAAGUGAAGACGAUGUUGAAAUGGAAGAAAAGGAUGAUGGUGACGAUGGUGAUGAUGAAUAGAUUUAAACUACCAUUUAAAAUAAGAUUUAUUUUUUAUAUUAUGGUUAUUAAUAUACAAUUCGAUAGAUUAAA